AUGAAUACGAAUUAAAAUGAAAUUUUGUUUAGAUUAUCAGAAGAAUAAAAAAAAAAGCUACAUGAAUUGCAUUUAAUUUAGUAAAGAGAAUUGAAUGAAAUGAUUCGACGUCAUUAAUAGGAGUAAUUAUAAAUAUUUGAGUAAUUGAAAGAGCAAUAAGAAACACAGUAAAAUUAAACAAAAAAUCUGUUCUCAUAAGAGAUAAAAUAAUCAAACUUAAAAUACAAGCCUUACACCUUAAGUCAAUAUAAAUUGUUGAAAUUACAACCAAUAUUAAAGAAUAUUGGUUAAGGAUUAGGUCCAACAUUGUCAUUAGAGAAAUGGGAAGAAUCUAAAGAUAAGAUGGAUAGGAUGUUUGAAUUUGCAGAACAUGUAUAAAAAGAAAAGAAUAUAUUUAGGUAAAGUUGGAACAUCGACAAUUUAAAAGAAAAAUACCUAAAAGUUAACCAAAAUAAAUAACUGCAAGAUAGAGAGGAUUGGAAUUUGCAAAAUCAGUAUUGAAACCUAUUUUAGUUUUGAAUGAAUCACAAAAGGUUGAUAAAUUAACUAAUUCUUCAAAAAAUAAUGAAUUAUUAGAAUAUGAAUUGAGAAAUAAAAUACUUAGAUAAUAGAUAGAGAAAAUAAAGUGA